CCCUCUUUAGUGCUUAAUUAAAUGUGUAGUAGUAGAUACAUAUAACAAUUUAUAAUACACACAAUGACCUGUUUCGUGGUUGGUACUCCUAGAAAGCCGAUGAACCUAUAAUUAUAUUGUAAUCGAAUUAGCAAAAUCGAAUGACGCGAGUAAGAACAUUGAUAGUGAAUAAGGAUAGAGUGAAAGAAAAAAAUCAAGUUCUUAUUACAAAAUAAAAUAAAAUGUAUACCAAGAAAAAGAUAAUUACGAAUAUUGGAUCCUUAUGCGAGUGAGAGUGAACGAGAAUAUUCGGGAUUUUUCAUAAUAGGUGUGGUGCGAGACGAUAUUUACAAUUAUUUUUGCCAACUUGUGCUUCUACGUUAUUGUAUUAUGGCACAGUGUGAUUUGUGAAAGAUAGUACGACUAAAAGAGAAAAAUAAAUAUGAGAAAGUUAAAUUUGUCAUGAUUUCACGGAUAGUUUUACAUUUUUAAUAGGUUAUCUAAUGUAUGCCAUCUUUCUCAAUACGUGAUAACUGAUUUUCAAGAUAAAGAUAGAUGUCAUAAGUAUAUGAGAGUUGGCGUUAAACGAUUAUUUAAUUGGAGUGAAAAUGCGGCGGUAGUGAUGCGUUUAAAGGGGAAAAAUAACGCUAAGUCGUUUCAUAGCGUCUAUAAGGUGCUUUCUCGUAUAUGUCGAACAGUGGACAAAGUUCAACUUGAUGGUUUCAUGGCGGAUGGUGCAGUACCGCCACUAAAGAAUGGGCACAACUCUAAUAAUAUGGGAUUUGCUACACAACCUGUAAGUCCAACCUCAGACGCCACUAGUACUGUAUACGCAGUGGGACAAUAUGCGCCAAAAGUUUUGAGAAAUUUAAAUGGCCAACGAUUAAAGAAUCAAUUUACCGAUGUCGGCCUUGUUGCCGAUGGUAGCAUUAUCCAUGCACACAGAUCGGUUCUAGCAGCUGGAAGUGCUUAUUUCAAUGCUAUGUUUACUGGUGGCCUUGUCGAAGAACAACAAGAAUUGGUGGAAAUUCAUUCUAUAUCAGCUUCAAUCCUUUCGUUAUUAAUAGAUUUUAUCUAUACUGGAAAUGUUGAUAUUACUGAAGACAAUGUUCAAGAAUUGUUUGCUGCUGCCGAUAUGCUUGAACUGGAUGAAGUAGUUUCUGGCUGUAUUACUUAUUUAGAACAACAACUACAUUAUUCAAAUGCCCUUGGAAUUUAUAGGUUUGCAGAAGCACACAACAGGUUGGAUCUAUUAGAGACUGCCUUACGUUUUAUACAAGUCAAUUUUCCUCAAGUUUCCCAAGAAGAGGAGUUUUUAGACCUGCCCAAAGAACAUCUCGUUCGUUUUCUCAGCAGUGAUUUAAUUCAUAUCGACACUGAAUUUCAGGUCUUCCAAGCUGCAUACAAUUGGAUCACUCAUGAUAUACCUGCGAGAAGAUGCUAUGUGUUUGAAAUAUUAGGUCAUAUACGUCUAAGACUUUGUUCGUUGGCACGUUUAGAACGAAUAAUAUUGGAAUGUAAAGAUGCCAGUCUUAUUGUUGCUUUGCGUUCUAUAGAAAAGGAUUUAAUAUGUAACAAAGGAUGUCUCGUACCUCUUCAUGCACAACCUAGACUUUGUGCUAAAAAAAAUAUUUUGGUAAUUGGUGGUUCUAAAAGGGAACAAGCGGCGGAUAGUUGGGGCAGAGCUGCUGAAAGCACUUAUGAGAGUAUUGAAAAAUAUGAUACUUUUACUGGUGAAUGGAGCGAAGUAGCACCAAUAAGCAUAGGACGUAUAUUACCGGGUGUAGCACUUUUAGAUGGUAAAGUAUAUGUAGUCGGCGGAGAACUCGAAUCAUGCAUCAUUGCGAAUUGCGAGUGUUACGAUCCUCGGGAUAAUGUAUGGACUUCGAUUGCUUGCAUGGAAGAACCUAGGUGUGAAUUUGGACUUUGUGCCUUGGAUAAUAGCUUAUAUGCAUUUGGUGGUUGGGUAGGAGAAGAUAUUGGCGGUUCUAUAGAAAUUUAUGAUCCAAUCACUAAUACUUGGACUCUCGAAGGAGAACUUCCGGAGCCACGUUUCAGUAUGGGAGUUGUCGCUUAUGAAGGAUUAAUCUAUGUAGUAGGUGGUUGUACACAUAACAGUAGGCAUCGACAAGAUGUAAUGAGUUAUAAUCCAGUUACUAGAGAAUGGAAUUACUUAGCUCCUAUGUUAACGCCGCGAUCCCAAAUGGGUAUUACUGUUCUCGAUGGUUAUAUUUAUGUGGUCGGUGGUACCAAUAAAAAUCAAGAAGUUUUAAAUUCCGUUGAACGAUAUUCUUUUGAAAAGAAUAAGUGGAGCAUGGUGGCACCAAUGAAUAUUGGUCGUUCAUAUCCUGCAGUUGCUGCAGCUGAUAGUAGACUGUAUGUUAUAGGAGGGGAUCAAUCACAAGAAAUCAAUUUUUACCGUACACAGAUAACUAUUUCUACUGUAGAAUGUUACGACCCUCAUUUAAAUAAGUGGCAUGAAUGUGCUUCACUACCAACGAGCAGAGGAGAAGCAGCAGCAAUUGUUGCACCCUUCUGAGUGAAAUUUUAAAAAUUGUACACUUCAUAUUUCGUAUACAUACACGUGUUCCUCUCUAAAUUGCAAAUCAUAUUGCAAGUUGUUAACGCAAGCAAGAGCAUACCAUGACUAAUUGGAUGUGUUUAAAAAAA